AGGGAAUAUGCUGAUGGCUGGCGAUCGGCAUCAGUGUUAGCACACUGAGGGAGCUCAGAAAGACACAGACAACUAAUAAAGGCGCAUUUUUCACGUUAAAGUCGGGAUGCGCGGCAGGGAGCAGCUGUAGGAAGGAUCGAGGAGUGGACAGUCUUUAACAGGUCCUAAGCGCACUUUUCAACACCCCCGUCAUCCGACAAGAAUAUGAUCCGGUCAAAUCAUAUGGACAUGCCUCAUUAUUCAAUGAACACUCUUUCUCACAACGCAUCGUUUACGCGCAGGAGUUAGCCGGCGCCUCGCCAAAUUUCAAAGGCUCUUGUCGUCCCACCUUCUGUGAAGCUGUCGGCGCUCUUCCUGACAUCCGGCGCUCGCUGGAGAGGCGGCAGUCACGCAGGGCUCCCUGAUCAGUGCCGACCAGAAGCAGAGCUGAAGCUGGCUUAACGGGGCUGAGCACACCGUCGCGCUGUCUAAGAAACUACCCCCACCCACCAUCUGAGGUGGCCAUCGCAGUGAGCAGUAGUCAGUGAGGAGCGACAGCCGGAGGCCCCUUCAUCCUAACAGACAGGUUGCACACCAGUAUGCAGUUGGUGUAUUAAGGAUGGAGGACUCUAGUUUGUGUCUUGGUGUAUCGUCAGCGGUGCCUGACGCCGAAGCCCACCUGAGCAAUGCUGUACUAAACGGCCGUUACCCAAUCAGUCAAAAGCUUCACCAGCUUACCGCCCAGUUAGGACACGCCUUUCCCGACCUGCACCGCCCACAGCAGAUUCCCGAAGAAAAGGCAGCUACGCCUUUGGAUGAAAAGACACACCACGCAGCCCUGGCCAGUCAACCGAUCAGCAGCCAGAUGGCUCUGCUAGCCAAUCAGCUCAACCGAGACAUAGACGCAGGGGCGCUGAGUGGGUUAAAUGGGCGUGUUGACCUGCAGCAGUUUCUCAAUGGGCAGAACUUGGGCAUCAUGUCCCAGAUGAAUGACAUCGAAGAUGACGCUCGCAAGAAUAGGAAGUAUCCGUGCCCACUGUGUGGCAAGCGCUUCCGUUUUAACAGCAUCCUAUCACUACACAUGCGCACACACACAGGAGAGAAGCCAUUCAAGUGCCCCUACUGCGACCACAGAGCGGCUCAAAAGGGCAACCUGAAGAUCCAUCUCCGUACCCACAAGCUGGGGAACCUGGGAAAGGGCCGUGGCCGUGUUCGAGAAGAGAACAGGCUGCUGCAUGAGCUUGAGGAGAGGGCCAUCCUAAGGGACAAGCAGAUGAGAGGGAGUGGCAGUCUCCUCCAGACAGCUCAAACACCCCAUCUGGGCCUCAACAGCAGCUCAAACACCCAUCAGCAGCAGUUGGGUUCCGCCUGUGCCCCCACCCAUGCCUCCGGGAUUGCUACACCUGACACAGUUUCGCAGCCUUCUUCCUCACCCAAGCCGGCCGGCGCCCAGGACGAACAGUCCCUGAACCCCACCGUAGGCUUCCGUUGCACCUUCUGCAAAGGGAAGUUCAAGAAGCGUGAGGAGCUUGACCGUCAUAUCCGCAUUCUCCACAAGCCCUACAAGUGCACUCUGUGCGAGUUCGCUGCCUCCCACGAAGAAGAGCUGAUAAGCCAUGUGGAGAAGGCCCACAUCACAGCCGAGACCACACAGGGCCAAGGUUCUGGUGGAGCCGGGGGAAUGCAGAUGGCCACCGAGUUUCGCUGUGAGGUUUGUGGCCAGGUGUUCAGCCAAGCUUGGUUCCUCAAGGGCCACAUGCGAAAGCACAAGGAAUCCUUUGAACACUGCUGCCAAAUCUGUGGCCGUCGCUUCAAGGAACCCUGGUUCCUCAAGAACCACAUGAAGGUGCAUCUGAACAAGCUGGCCAUCAAGAGCAAGCCACCCCAGCCCAGUGAGCAGGACAUGGCCGCCGUCAAUAGCAUGAGCAAUCUGGCUCAGGAAGCCCAUGCCAACCUUUAUUCCCGCUACAUUUCCUGUCUUCAGGGAGGCUUCCUUUCACCAGACAAACAGGGCCUGAGUGAGCAGCACCAGAUGCUGGCUAAAGCAGGGAUAGCCAUGAAGGAAAAGGAGAUGUUAGGAAAGCUGCUUGGACCAAUGGCAGGUGCAAUGGGCCACGGGCUGGGUGAAAACGAGAAGCGCUCGCUCCUUGGUUGUCUCAACCUUGUUCCACCACUCAAGUCGAGUUGCAUGGAGCGCCUCCAGGCAGCCGCGAAGGUGGCAGAGAUGGACUCUCUCAAUAGCUACCAAGCCUGGCAGAUAAUGGCUCGUGGCAUGGCUAUGGACAGGGCUUUCAUGCCCAAGGAUCAGCAGCAGCACCAGCACCAUAUAACCCCAGGGCAGGAAGAUGAGAUGGGUGGUGCAGGGUCCUUGGCUUCCUUCUCAAAGGAUAAACAAGACUACUCCUUGAUUGCUUCCAGUGAUAGCUCCAAGCAGAAGCAGCUCUCCGAGGCCCUGCAGGGAUCCAAGGCCUCCGGUGGAGCAGUGAUGUCUAUGAAGGAGGAUGGAAGAGGCUUUGACAGCCACCGUGACCUCAUGUCUCACCAUGGUAGUGCUGAGGCUCCUGGAGCCCUGGCCGGCUUGGGAAGCCCAAACAUUGACUACAGCCUCUCCAGCCUGUCCGGCCUGAAGGAGAAGCCUUCAGAGUGCCCAGACUGUGGACGAGUCUUCAGAACCUACCAUCAAAUGGUUGUCCAUUCGCGAAUCCACGGUAAAGACAGGAGAGGCAUUGACGAAGCACUUCAGCAAGGACUGGAUGAACGUCGUGGAUCAGCCAGCGACCCAGAGUCCCAGUCCAUCAGUCGGUCCACCACUCCUGGUUCAUCCAACGUGACAGAGGAGAGCGGCGUUGGCGGGGGGCAUUCCCAGACAGGAAGCAUCCAGGAUGACAGCCCCCAUCCCUCCUCACCAUCUUCAGAUGUUGGGGAGGACCUGGUGAAGACAGCGGGGAGCAUCCAGCCGCCUCUGCCCCAACAUCGAGAGCGCUGUAUGGGCUCGUCCUCCAAGGACUGCCCUUACUGCGGCAAGUCCUUCCGCACCUCCCAUCACCUCAAGGUCCACCUGCGGAUACACACAGGAGAGAAACCCUACCGCUGCCCUCAUUGUGACUAUGCCGGCACCCAGUCUGCCAGUCUGAAGUAUCACCUGGAGCGCCACCACCGCGAACGCCAGAACGGCUCCACUACGUCAGGCCCCUCCUCUGGCCACACCCCUUCUUCUGACCACAAAGAGGAUCACGGGAAGACAGGCGGAGGCAUCUUUGCCCGACCGGACGUCCUGCGUAAUGUUUUCAAGAGCAUGCCCCCCAGCCUGGACUUCAGGGCGGGUCCACUGCUGCCGCAUCAGUGGGCAUCGGCUCCCAUUGUGUCCUCACACAACCGAGAUCGUGACUGUGGGGACCGCCGUUUUGACUCCGCCUCCUCAGCUGAGAACACGAAGACUGCCGAUGGCCCCUCCCCCAUGGUCUCCACAGCGACUGACACCGCCGCCAGCUUCUCCGACCUAAGCCGGGCUUACCAAAGCAUGAUGGGAAAUGGAGUGCACUUUCAGGGUUCUCUCCAGGCUUUCAUGGACAACUUUGUCCUCAGCUCCAUGAAGAAGGACGUUAAGGACAACCAGAGUCCAGUCCAGCUCCAGGCCCAGCGCUACCAUGACAACGGCGAGCCCAAAGCCAAGCGGGCAGUCUCAGGGGAGCCGGACCGAGAGGAAAAGGUUGAAACCAAACAGAACUCGGAACCGGGCAAACCCGGGUCCCAGUAUGAACCGCUUGAUCUGUCUGUAUCGGUCCGGCCCGAGUCUGCAUCCGGAUCACUUCCCGGCUCCUCCGUCACCAUUCACGAUAAUGUGGCGUGGCACGGCUGCCUCUUUUGCUCCUUCUCGACUUCCUCGUUGGAGCUCAUGGCUCUGCACCUCCAGGCCAACCACUUGGGUAAAGCUCCUCUGCAGCAGGCUGACGCAGGCAAAGAGCCUCACCGAGAGGGUUCUCCCACCACCUCCACCCUUCACUCCUCCAACACCAAGGCCUCCGGUGUGGCCUCAGACAGAGACGGAGACAGAGAUGGAGAAAAAAGCCAGGGAGGCUGGAAUAACCACAUGGAGCAGCCAUACAACCCCUUCCAGAGUGAAUUCUACAGGAGGUUUGGUGGCUUGUAUGAUGGAUCCCCAAGAGUCAAUCAGAGCCUUCAGAGCUAUAUAUCCCAAGCAGACCAAGGUCUGGACCUGCCCAGCCAGGCUUUUGGUGGGGCCUCUACCACUGGGGCUGACCAGAUGGUUGAGAGGGGCUCCUGUGGAGAUGCUGAAGAUGAACAAGUUGGAUCCGAUGACGAGGCCAGAAAGACCAGAGUGCGCAGUCCCAGCGAGACCCCGUCAACCACACCCAAGAGACAGCAACAGCAAAACCACUCCGAUGAGGAGGAGGAGGAGGAGGGAGGAGUGGCUGAAGUAGAGGAGGAAAGAGAUGAGGAUGGGCACAUGGACAUGGUCAGAGAGGAAGAAGGAAGUCCCAGGCUCCAAGAUGACUCCUCUCUGUUCCCGAGGAGUGGAGCUGGUUUGGCGGCACCGUCCUCCACCAUGACUCCACUUUCUCUGGUUCCCCAACCCCAGAACCAAACUCUGCCGCUGGAGAAGCAGUGGCAGCAGGGCUUGGGCCUCCUGAGCGCAGGAGGUCCUCCGGGACUGUUGAAGGCAGAGCAGCAAACCCACCUGGAGCAGCAGAUGAACAUGCUGUCUGUCCUCAGAGCCUACAGCAAUGACAACCUCCCUUCGUUCAACGGUCUGGGUGGUGGAGCAGGAGGAGCACCCCCGGGGGGCAUGAAGAGGUCAGAUGCACCUGUGCAUCUGUGGGUUGGAGACGAGGAGCAGCCCAUGACCCAUGACCCCACGUUGACCCUCGACCCCAACCAUCUUAACAGCGACCUUAACAACCACCCUAACAACCAUAAUGUAGGCGACGCCCACGCUGUAAACAAAGACUAACGACCCCCGCCGGAGCGAGGCGGAGCGAUGGUGAGGACGGAGGCGGUGAUGAGGAGGAGGAUGAAGGUUAAAUGAAGGAAUACACUAUAACAGAGACUUUAUUUAAGAUGAGAAAACACAAACUACCGUCAGAGCGGAGCCAAGAUGGACCUAACGACUCUCACAGCCUCCUGGGACACUACACACAGUGAACUUCCUGUUUGUCUCCUGUGCUCUGAGCACCCUCUCCUGUCUUAUCUCUUCUUCUUCUUUGUUUUCUUUGGAUGAAACUACCUGUUAGCACUUCCUGUAAGUGGCCCUGCAGUUUCUGAAACAUUCCUUCAGCUUAGAGACGCUGUGUGUCCUUUUUUAAGGUCUUUAAGUCUUUCUGUCCGACACCACCACGAGCUCAGACCGCACAUUCCUGUCACACACUCGCUGUUUGAUGCUUCACGCAGAGGAGAGGCCGCCACGCCACAGCUGAUAAGAAAACACAGGUGACUUGUAGUGGUGGUGGUGCUAAUGAUGAGUGUGAAGAAGAUGUGUGUGUAUAAAGGUUCAGCCCUCCCUCUGCACACGCAGGCCCUGCCUUUGUCUGUUUCCUGCUCUGUACCACCACCACCACCAUCAUCAUCAUCAUCACCACCAUCAUCACGAGAGAUUUACAGGAAGUGUAAAAACCUUGGCAGCAGUAGUUUAGGAAGCGAGCGGCCCCUUGUUUGUCCCCGUGUCCUGUGGAGCUGCUGCAGGACGUAGUGUUGCAGCUGUGUGUAAAAUACUGCCACCGAUCAUUGUUGCACAGUGUUACCGACUACUGAAAACGAUGGUUUGAUGUAUUUACUUUACGAUGAGAAAAAAAGAAGAUAAAACUGGAAAAAAUGCAUAUUGUGUAUAGCCUUAGAAACACGUCAUCUGUUAUUGCUUCUACAAGCUCUGUAGCUGUGCUCGACUGUAGGCCGUAGGGUUGAUUUUCUUUGGAUUUUGAUAUGUACUGUACAUUAAUUAAUGCCUUGUCCAUUUACCGAUGAAAAAAAGAGGAAAAAGAUGACAAUCGUCUCCUGUGCUGCAGACAUAUUUGCCCCAUAUAUACAGAAUCAUUAUGCAUAGAGGGACUCCUCCUUUCUUCUUUCUUUGGUUUGUUUCGAUCUCCCGAGUAUUUUGCACUGUGACAGUAUUAUAAAUCCAACCUAUACAGUACAAAACUAGCUAACUAACUAAAUGAAGGUGUGUGUUUGUGUGUCCCUUGGCAUUGUGAAAUGUUUCUACGUCAUUUUUUGUGAACCCAGAGAAAAGUCUAAAGCGGUAUGUACAGUCCAACUAUAAGACUUCUUUUUUUAGUUUACUGUUUGUGGCUUCUUUUGUAUGCUGACCCCUGACCCCUCCCGACCCCUGCCGACCCUCAGCGUAGGCCUGCUGCUGCUUCAGCCUGGCUGAUCUUCACCGUUUUCCAGCUAGAGACCGAUUUGCUGCAGUAUAGCCUCCCAUUUUUGUUUUUCUUUGAUUUGUGUAGAUUGCAGUUAUCUUUGAAAAGAGGGGAUUCAAAAUCAAACUAAUGAGAGUGAGACGCGUGAAAAGUGAGCAGUAAACGUUUGAGGCUGUUUGGAAACGACCUCUGACCCGCUCUCUGUUUUCCAGCCGUGUAAAGACGAGAGAUUCAUCUCUGAACCAGCUCUGAUGAUCAUUCCACCCCACAUAUGAUGUACAAACUUGUCUUGUGAGCUCCACACUUUUUAUGUUUUGCUGUAUCCUCAUGGCAGAUGCUUCGUUUUGUAACUACUGAACUGUACUUAUAAUAAAAAUAAAAUGUAUUCCAACUAAAAAA